AUGGCGACCACAACAACAGCCAUUGAGUUACAACAUGGACAAUCGUCCCUAGAAGCACGACAAAACAGGGAGAAUGCCCCGAUUCUCGACUCUGUCGACUCUAUACUUGAAGCCUCCCGCAUGGAGGACUCGCAAGCUCCUGAAGGCGGAUACGGAUGGGUGAUCGUCUUUAGCUGCGCGGUACUAUGCUGGUGGUUUGUUGGUACCUCCUACUGUUGGGGUAUCCUGCAAGCCGCGCUGGUGGAACGAGGCUUGUCGUCUCCGUCCACGCUAUCGUUCGUCGGCUCGCUGACGACCGGGUUCAUCUCGUUCCUGGCGAUCGUCAAUGCUCGUUUGAUUCGGAAACUGGGGAUACGGCCGACGGCACUGACGGGCAUCGGUCUCAUUGGGGUAAUCAACGUUACCCCAUCUCAAUAUUUUAAAGUCAAACGGGGACUUGCGUACGGAAUUAUUUACGCAGGAGGCGGAUUUGGAGGUGCAAUCAAUAGCUUUGCGUUGGAUGCUUUGAUCCAGCGUCUCGGUCCCGUUUGGGCAUUCAGGGUGAUGGGGGUUAUUACCCUGGCUACUGGCCUGCCAGCUGCUUGGUUUAUCAAGGAAAGGAUUCCAACUCGUCCAAACGCACUAGUCGAAUGGGGGCUUUUCCGGGAUGCCAGAUUUUCAAUCCUCUAUCUUGUGGGAGCAAUCGGAACUUUUCCUCUGUUUGUGCCACCAUUUUUUCUCCCUCUCUACACCAACUCGCUAGGUUUGGCUUCUAGCACGGGAGCCGGCGUCGUGGCAGGCUUUAAUUUUGCGUCUGCGGUUGGACGAUUGAUCUGUGGCUAUUUCUGUGACACAAUCGGGCCUCUGAAUACACUCUGUGCGUCUUUAUUGUUAAGUGCAGUGAGCAUUCUUGUGCUAUGGCCCGUUUCACAAUCUCUAGGCUCGCUGGCCGCUUUCGUGAUCAUCAACGGCGUGGCCAAUGGAGGUUUUUUUUCAACUAUGCCUACUGUCAUCGGAAACGUGUUUGGUUCCGCGAGGGUGUCCGUUGCGAUGGGAAUGACGGUCACGGGAUGGGGGGCGCCCAUUGCAGGUUACAUUCUCGGGGCAUCAGGCGGCGCGGACGCUGGAAGCGACGCCUUUCGACCAGCCAUAUUUUAUGCGGGCUCAAUGGCACUGGGUGCAACGAUACUGGCGGCUUUUGUUCGACUGAAGUCGAGCAAAUCUAUGUUCAAACGGUUAUGA